GAACGAUUUCGAGGUUAUGGUCGCUGAUAGCGAUCGACAGCCGACGCACAAGACAAGUCCGAUCAUUCGUCCGUGUAUCUCGAAGUCGCGACGUAUAUUUUGCUGAGAGGUUACGGUCGUUAUGGCUGCAGCAGACAAUUCCGUCAUAAAGAUCAAUAAGUGGGACGGUUCAGCCGUGAAAAAUGCCUUGGACGAUGCGGUCAAGGACGUACUUACGAAGAAAUAUAACUACAUAGAAAAUUUUAGUCUCCUCGAUGGGAGACUCUUUCUCUGCGGGAUUGCUGUUACAAUAGCUAUCGUAGCAUUGUUGUGCGAUUAUUUAUAUCCAUUCCCUGCCUCCAAGCCUGUUUUAAUAGCCUGCGUCUCUUUCUAUUUUCUUCUAAUGGGGCUCUUGACUGUGUAUACGUCAUACAAAGAGAAAGGCAUAUUUGUAGUUGCAAUUCAAAGAGAUCCAGCGGGUUUCAAUCCUGACAUGAUUUGGGAGGCAAGUUCCUACUUAAAGAAAUACGAUGAUAAAUACAAUUUGGUGUUGUCAGUCAGGAGCGCGUCAACGGGAGUCUUUAAUGAGACAAGUGUGACCAAAUCUGUCGCGAAUUUCAUCGAUGUCAAUGGUGUGGUGAUACCGGAAUUGAUAGAAGUCGUAGUAAUGACCAUGCAUGACAGUCUGACGUCGCAACGCAAGGAGAAGUAGCAGCGUUUUGAAUUCUAAUCAGUAAAGCUGUUUUCUCUAAAAUGAUAAGUUUAUUUCCAUAUGAAAUUGAGCAUAUUCGUUGCGUCGCAGUUCUUCGGUCGUAUCGAGAUGUAUGCAGUCCACAUUUUUUCAGUCUCGUGUAACGAUGUAAAUAACACGUAAAAAUAAGAAAUCAAGCAUUUUUCAUUCAUGUAUUACAAUUAUUAAUAAUACUAUAUUCGACACCUGAAACAAGAACAUAUAUUACAAACCUU